CCUACCUAUCUAUUAUUAAGCCCCUUAUGCAAGUUACUUCCCUUUUGAAUGGUUUAGCCAUUUGUAGUUUGUUGCGUAACCGAAAAAUUUGGACAGGCUUUCAAGAACAGAUAUCAUCACUUAUUGAAAUGACUCACAGGUCAAUCCACUGGUUCAGAAAGGGUCUAAGAUUGCACGAUAAUCCAGCCCUUUUAGAGGCAUGUAAGAAUGCCUCCCAUGUAUGGCCUGUAUUUGUGAUGGACCCAUGGUUCGCUGAGACAGCCAGGGUGGGUGUCAACAGAUGGCGGUUCCUUUUGCAGACCUUGCAAAACCUUGAUGACAAUUUGAAGAAGAUAAAUUCAAGAUUAUUUGUGGUGAGAGGCAACCCAUCUGAUAUUUUUCCAAAGUUAUUCAAAGAGUGGGGAAUAACUAAAUUAACUUAUGAGGUUGACACAGAGCCAUACGCUAUUGAACGAGACAGUGUUAUUGAUGGUCUAGCAAAGGAUUCUGGGAUAGAAGUGAUGCGAUGUGUGUCACACACUCUGUAUGAUACUGAGAGGACCAUAUCUAAGAAUGGAGGCAGUCCACCACUCACCUACCAAAGGUUUCAGACCCUUAUGUCACAGAUGGGAGACCCAGUCAAGCCAGUCACUGUACCUGAUGAUCUCAUAAAAGGAUGCAAAACUCCUGUUGAUAAAGAUUAUGAGAAGAAGUAUGGGGUACCGACGCUGGAAGAACUGGGUAAAUCAGCAAAGGAUUGUGGGCCAUGUUUGUUCCCAGGUGGCGAAACUGAAGCUCUGGAACGACUGGACUCCUUGCUGAAGAAAACUAACUGGGUUUGCAACUUUGAGAAGCCAAAAACUGAACCAAACACCCUUAAACCUAGUACUACAGUACUGAGUCCCUACCUGAAGUUUGGAUGUCUGUCAGCAAGAAUGUUUUACCAUCGGGUCAAUGAAGUGUACAAAGGAAAGAAGCACAGUCAGCCACCAACGUCUCUGCUGGGACAGGUGAUGUGGAGGGAAUUCUACUAUACUGUUGCUGUGGGAACGCCAAACUUUGACAAGAUGGUCGGCAAUUCUGUGUGCACUCAGGUAGACUGGGAUACUAAUCCAGAGUUCCUUGAGGCUUGGAAAAUGGGUCGGACUGGUUAUCCGUUUAUUGAUGCAGUGAUGACACAGUUACGAGAGGAAGGGUGGAUUCACCAUCUGGGUCGCCACGCUGUUGCCUGUUUCCUUACUCGAGGUGACCUCUGGAUUAGCUGGGAGGAGGGCAUGAAUGUCUUUGAGGAGUACUUGCUGGAUGCUGAUUGGAGUCUCAAUGCCGGUAAUUGGAUGUGGCUAUCAGCUAGUGCAUUCUUCCACCAGUACUUCAGAGUUUACAGUCCUGUAGCAUUUGGCAAGAAAACAGACAAGAAUGGAGACUAUAUCAGGAAGUAUAUCCCAAAGCUGGCAAAAUUUCCCGAGAAGUAUAUCUAUGAGCCCUGGAAUGCUCCAAAGGCUGUACAGGAGAAGUGCGGAUGUGUCAUAGGGAAAGACUAUCCUAAACCAAUCGUAGACCAUGACGUAGCUAGGAAGACAAACAUAUCCAGGAUGGCAGCAGCAUAUGCUAGGAGAAAAGCAGGGAAGGAAUCCAAUGGUGCUGCUUCCACCCCAGCCACAAAGAAGAGGAAGGCUGAAAGUGAUGCAUCUGGCAAAGCUUAGAAAAAAUCCAAAAAUAAGGAGAUCACAGACUUUCUCAAGAAAUGAAAAGAGGGUGUUACAGAUAAGUGACUUAGAGUUGAAAAAUGCUUAUGACAUUUUUACUGCACAGGAAGUGCUGGUCAACUAGAAUUCAGGAUGCUGACAUUUUGUUCUGUGUAAAACAACAGUGUUACGCAAUUUCAUCACAGAAUGAUGCUAUACUAUUAUUGGAUAUCUUGUUUAAAGACGUGACACAGGUGCUCACUGUUAUAGGCUAAUGAGUUCCUGGUUCUAAUCCCCUCAGAGAUCUUCACCAAUAAGUGUUCACUGUCAAAACGUUUAUGAGAACGAUUGCAAAAGCUGCUAAUUUUUCUGGUAUGUUACUGGUAAAAAGUGACUACAUUGUUGUGACAAUUUGUGUGUAGUGAAAUUGUCAAGGGCAGAUCCAAUUCACCCCCCUAAAAUCGCCAGAGCACAGGUAAUUUGUCUUUUGUUCUGGGUGAAAAAAAGGCAAAAUAUGCAUUUUUCUCACUCACUACACUCGCAUAGGUAUUUAUCUUUUGUUCAGGGUGAAAAAUAGUGCAAAAUAUGCAUAUUUUUCUCGCUCGCUAUGCUCGCAUAGGUAUUUAUCUUUUGUUCUGGGUGAAAAAAGUGCAAAAUAUGCAUUUUUUCUCGCUCACUACGCUUGCAUAGGUAUUUGUCAUUUUUUCUGGUUGAAAAAUAUAAAAUAUGUAUUUAUUCUUGCUCGCUACGAUCGCAUACUUAUUAGGUAAUUUAUCUUUUAUUCUAGGUAAAAAAGAUAUAAAAUGUGCAUUUUGCCUUGCUCGCUACGCUCGCGCAAUAAAAAUACAACAAAGUUUGCAUGAGCUCUAUAACGCUCUUUACCAUUUGUACAAUCUGCUAAUAGCCCUUGGUAACCCCUCCCGAUAAAAAAUCCUCAGAAAUCCAGUCGGGCUAAGAAAUCCAUUCUGAGAUACUUAUGCAAGAAUAAGUCUGAUAUGUCAUAAAACUUGGAAUUUAAUUAGCAUGUUGUUUGGGUUGACUUUGUCACAAAACCUGUCCUUUUAAAAUACCAAGUAAAGUUCCUAAGAAUGCACCUGACGGAUCCAUUAUUUUCAAAAUCUUACGGAGGGGGGGGGGGGGGGGGCAUGCCUCCUGGACCCACUUAAUUGCGCCCCCCUUAACACAAAAUCCUGGAUCCGCCCUUGAUUGUAGUGACAAUGUUUGUAGAGAAAUGAAUAGGUAGUGACAUUAUAUGUUUAGUUUACAUACAGUUAUAUUGUAAUACAGUCUCUUUUGUGGAGAUGUUCUAUGUUUUGAGAGAAAAAAGGGAUUUAACAAAUGCUUUAUUAAAGUAAUUGAUAUGCAGAAAUUUCUUUAAAAUAUCUGAAAAUAAUGUAUUCCUAGUUUUGCAUAUUUCUUAAGUUUCAAGUGCAAAAAAAAAACAGUUUUAUGGCCUAAAUUAUGUCAGAAAAUGUUCCAUUUUGUAUUGCUGUAUAAGCAUCAUGGCAGACAUCUAUUUAUGAAUGAUGUGUCAUUCAUUGAUAAAUGUAGGAAAAAUUCAAAAUAUGGUGAAAUAUACAAAUGAACGUCUAAAUAAAGUACUAUUUAUCUCAG